AUGACCGUGCUUUACAUAAUUUUGAUCAUUGAUGUUCUGUGUUAAUCGUCGCCACGGUUGUCUCGGUCGUCCCACGGACCCCUUUUCAUUCUGCCAUGUCGACGCUCAACGCUACUUCGACCGAAUCGCUUAGAAUAUUUUCAAUUGAUCGGGGAAUAAAACAGGAUGUGGUCUUCACAGGUGCUGUCAUCGUUCUUUUCUCCGCUGCUGUCCAGUAUCUUCAGGCGAAGAAGAAACACGUUAAUGUGCCUGCAAUUGGUCCUUCGGGAACUCUGACAUCCUACUUUGGAGCACUCAGAUUAGUAAAACAUGCAAGGGAAAUGUUGGAUGAGGGAUAUCGCAAGUGCACAACGUUCAAAAUUCCUAUGUUUGAUAGGUGGAUGGUUGUGGUGAACACUCCCGAGCUCAUAGAAGAGGUUCGGAGGGCACCAGAUGAUAAGUUGUCGUUUAUGGAAUCAACAGAAGAGAGUCUUGCUGUGAAAUAUACUCUGGGUCCUUAUGUCUCUGGAAAUCAUUAUCAUGUAGCUCUUGUGCGGUCACAGUUGACACGCAACUUGGGUGUUAUGUAUCAUGACAUUCAGGAAGAAGUUGCACAGGCCUUUGAGGAUACUAUUGCAACAGGCUCGAAUGAAUGGAUUACGCUUCCUGCCUUAGAUACAAUCAUGAAAGUAGUAGUCAGGGCGAGUAAUCGUGUAUUUGUUGGACUUCCAUUAUGCAGGGAAAAAGAAUACCUCGAGCUCAAUAUCCGCUUCACCUUGGAUGUUAUCAAAGGGUCGGCAAUAAUUAACAUGUUCCCCAAUUUCCUGAAGGGUCUCGUUGGAGAGUUCUUAACAUCCGUUCCCGCCAGUACUCGCAAAGCAAUGAAGCAUUUGGGACCUGUUAUUGAAUAUCGCUUGGCACAAGCUGACAAGUAUGGAAAGGACUGGCCCGGCAAACCGAAUGACAUGCUUACCUGGCUUCUUGAAGAGGCUCCAGAAAACGAGAGGCGAAACGUGAAAGCGCUGACGCAGCGCAUUCUCACGCUGAAUUUUGCUGCGGUGCAUACCUCGUCGACUAGCUUCACCCAUGCUUUACUUCACGUUGCAUCUAAUCCGGAGGAUAUCAGACUGCUGCGCGAGGAGGUCGAACAUGUGGUGAAAGAAGAGGGCUGGUCGAAGGAUUCCCUUUCGAAAAUGGCCAGAGUUGACAGCUACAUCAAAGAAGCACUGCGGUACAGUGGUAUCGGUUUAUUAUCGAUGUCGCGGAAGGCCCUGGUCGAUUAUACCAUGUCGGAUGGGACGUUCUUACCAGCAGGCACAUUCGUCACAGUCAAUGCUGUCGCACAACACUACGACGAGAAGAACUAUAAGAGCCCAUCUGAGUUUGAUGGUUUUAGAUUCGUAGACGCUCUAGGGAAGAGUGAGAACGAAGAAACGACGGCUCGUGUGGUUUCAACAAGCACAGAGUUUUUGCCUUUUGGUCAUGGCCGUCAUGCUUGCCCCGGCCGGUUCUUUGCGGCAAACGAGCUCAAGACAAUGUUAGCUCACCUUGUCUUGAACUACGAUAUGAAGCUCGAGGGAGAUGGAACAGAUCCCAAGCAAAUCAACUUCAUUACCGCAUCUAUACCGAAUCCGAAAGCUCGGGUAUUAUUUAAGAAAAGGCAGACAUAAUGGUCGCUGUUGUCGUCAUUUGUUUUCCCGUUGUUUCUUGGAUUUUUUUUCUUGAUAGCAUCGUGGUUGUUGGACCGGAUAUGCAUAAAUGGUCCUAUUUGAUUUAUGCCGAUGAUUAGGAGCAACUAUUAGCCCUUGAUAGAGCUUUUGCGGAAAACCUAGCCGAAUAUUCGACACCGUUUCGACAGACGCCAUUUUAAACAUUCCGCCUCUUUUUGCGUCGAUACCAUUGAUAGCAUUGCUUGCUGCGUGGUUAAGCAAGACAAACAGUACAUUUGCUGGAGGUCCAAAUAACUUUAAUAAGAAAGCAAGGAUUAGAAAUUGGACCAACUUAGAAGCUUGAUCUCAGAUCUGAAACCGAGUUGAAUAAUUCCAAAACAAGGCACUUAGAUUCCUUUUUAGUACAGUGAUGCAAAAAACUGUUGACAUGAUUAGCUAAUUUCAGCUAAUUUGCUUGUAAC